AGGAAAAACUUUUCUUUGACGAGUCUUUUAUUUACAUUUCAUGUUUUUAUCACCUUAGCAAUAUUUCAUAGUAUUUACAUUCACUGAAUAAGCUCUCAAAAUAGCUUAUCAGUGUAAAUAUAUUUCAAGACAUGGUUUAUCAACAAAUUAACGACAAUUCCUUCAGAAAAGACAUGUUUCGUGGAGAGAAUAUCAUGCUGUCAACUAGCACGUCAAACAGCAGUUUUCUUAAUCAAAAUGCUGCCAUGGGAGAAUAUACAGACGAUCGUUUGCAAAUUUUGGAUUGUGAAGCAACUCGGACAUACCAGGAACCAAUGUCACAAACAAGAAGAAUUUGUUUCAUUGCUUCUAUCGUUGGUACGAUACUUGUAGUUGUCGUAUUUCUCCUGUUACCAUGUAAAUCUAGUUGUGUAACGAGCGCAGGUUUAUUGAAAACCCGAAACUGGAUGCAUAAUUAUGAGAAAAUGGAGUUUAAAGGAGACAUCAAUACAAUAUCACAACCACUUGAAAGCAAAAAGCACAAAAACAUCGUCUUCAUGUAUCGUUCUGAUAAGAUUUUUCCAGAUCUCAACAAAUCAAAAAAAUCGAAACAAAAAAUAAACGGUGGGAUAGUUGCACUGUCUGGAAAUUCUGGUGAAAUUGUAUGGUCACGUGAGAUGAGUAAUGAACCACGCAGCAUUGAUUGUAACUUAAUUGAUUGUGAUAAUAACGGAACGAAAGAUUGUCUUAUUCUUGAUGAGUUUGGUCAGUUGUCAUGCCUUGAUAGUAAUGGUCACUUCAUUUAUGAUUUUUCAAACUUAAAAACUUCGAAACAGACGCGAAAAGAUCUUCUCGAUUUUCCUCUCAUUCUUCCAGACCUCAAUGGUGAUAAAGUUAAUGAACUCAUGAUGGGAUAUUCAAAUGCAAAAAAUUCUACUACUGAUCUCGUAAUACUCUCCGGUGCCAACGGAAAAAUUUUAUUAAAAAAUACUCAAAACUGUUCUUACAUUCAUAAGCUUCAAAUUGAUACAAAUUUUGUUAUAAAAUUUAUUUGUAUGAUCAAAGAAGACACUGAACAGCAAAUCCUUAAAAACUUAACUGAUUUAUAUAGUCUGGUGUCGAAGAAGCCACUUAAUCUGAAGAAACUUCAACAAGUUUCCAAAAUAAAUCAGCAUAAAUUUUAUGGAAAACGUUCAUCGACGUUGGAACAGACGACAAUAAGCACAGUAGAGGAUAAAAAGCUUGAAAUCGAAAACAAAGGCACAUGGCCUCGUGAAAGCAAAGUUUCUAUCAAUCUCACAAGUGUUGAUGAUGGAGCUAUAAAAAUACAUUUCGAAUACGUUGCAAGUAAAGUUUAUGCCAUGGUACCGGUUCCGUUUAAACUUGACAACAGUAGACAAGGUGAAAAUGUUCACGGGUUUAUCAUCAAAUAUUGGAUAUGGAAUGGAACUGAAGUUAAAUAUAAUCUCGAAAGAAAUCGGUUAAAGCGAUCACCUGAAUCGUUCACUCCCAGUAGUUCUUACAAAACAAAACUUCUUUUCCUAAGAGAAAACAUUAUGUUGAUUGUCUUUAAUAGCACUAACAUGAAAGUAGAAAAUGCGAGUCAAUCGAACAUUGUUCAGUUCUGCCAAAAACAGACAAAAGACAAAACUGGCGAUAAAAAAAAUGAAAGCAUUUGUCAGCCUGAUUUAAAUUAUCAAGAAAAUUCAGUUCUUAUUGCUGAUAUUGAUAACGAUGGGUCCAAGGAACUCAUUUCGUAUUGCUCAACUUUUGUAAACGAAAAUCAUUAUGGUGAUGUUAUUGGAGACCGAUGGAAGCUCAAAACAUUCGUUCAACUUUUUAAACUCGAAACUGAGUUACCUAAACUUUAUUCAGACGUUGAUAUUUAUUAA